CAUUUAACAUCAUCUUCCACCUCUAACUUCAUUUUUUCCCUCUAUAUAAACCCCCAUAGACAAACCAAUAAAAAAAAAUAAUUAUACACAAACAUAAGAGAAAAAAAAUCUGUUAAUAUGGCUCAUGAAAGUGAGAAAUUGUUAUUGGACCAACAUAAGGAAAAACAUUUUACUGCUGGUGAGAUUGUUAGGGAUAUAAUUAUUGGAGUUUCUGAUGGAUUAACAGUGCCAUUUGCAUUAGCAGCAGGAUUAUCAGGGGCAAAUGCGUCAUCUUCUAUUAUUGUUACUGCUGGAAUUGCUGAAGUUGCUGCUGGUGCUAUUUCCAUGGGACUUGGAGGUUAUUUGGCUGCAAAGAGUGAGUCUGAUCACUAUAUGAGAGAGCUGAAGAGGGAGGAAGAAGAGAUCAUUUCUGUACCCGAUACAGAGGCAGCGGAGAUUGCAGAAAUUUUGGCACAGUAUGGGAUUCAGCCCCAUGAAUAUGCACCAGUGGUGAAUGCUUUGAGGAAGAAUCCAAAGGCAUGGCUCGACUUUAUGAUGAAAUUUGAACUUGGUUUAGAGAAGCCGGAUCCAAGGAGAGCGUUGCAGAGUGCAUUUACCAUCGCAAUUGCUUACAUCUUGGGAGGAGUGGUUCCUCUGGCUCCAUACAUGAUCAUUCCUAUUGCAAGAAAGGCUCUCGUUGCAUCUGUUUUGGUAACUAUACUGGCUUUACUAAUCUUCGGCUACGCCAAAGGCCACUUCACUGGAAGCAGGCCAUUUAGGAGUGCUUUCCAAACAGCACUAAUUGGAGCUGUUGCAUCUGCUGUUGCUUUUGGUUUGGCCAAGGCUGUUCAAGGCUAGGGACCACGACAUUGUUGUUUCUUGUAAUGUAGCUUUUGUUGUUUUCGUCGUUGACAAUGUAGACCUCUGCUCUUUCUCAUUAGGUUUUUCAUCUACCGUUGUAUGGUACAUGUUGAGGCAUUAAUUUUGAAUUGCGUUUUCUGUUGA